AUGUCGAAGGAGCCCAGCUUUGAAGAGGUCACGGGGUGUCAACGGGCCCUAUUCGAGUGGGCGGAUAGCUACGACACCAAAGACUGGGACCGUCUCAAAAAAUGCAUCGCGCCCACCCUUAGAAUCGACUACCGCUCCUUCCUCAACAAAAUCUGGGAAGCCAUGCCCAGCGAUGAGUUCCUGCGCAUGGCCGCAGACCCGCGCUUCCUUGGCAACCCACUGCUCAAAACUCAGCACUUUGUCGGCCUCAGCACCUGGCGCAAGACCGGCGAGGACGCGAUCGAGGGCACUCACCAGCUACGCGUACCGCACCAGCGCUACACUGAUGCCAGCCUGACGACAGUGGCGGUCAAGGGCCACGCGCACGGGAUCGCCACCAUGUGGUACCGGCGCGUGGACGGCGAGUGGAAGUUUGCGGGUGUGUGUCCGCAGAUCCGGUGGACUGAAUAUGAUUACGAUCAGGUGUUUGCGGAGGGGAAGGAGCAUUUUGGGGAGAAGGGGCCGCAUUAA